AUGGAUGCAGUUUCAAAGCGAUUACUCAAAGAACUACGUGAAAUAGAUAAAGAAGCUCAAUCUCAUCCUGAAAUUAUCAAGUUGGGACCAGCAUCAGACCAAGAUUUAUUACAUUGGAAAGCCAUACUUGCAGGAUUACCAGAUACACCUUAUGAAGGUGGGUUCUUUGAACUGGAGAUUCAUAUUCCUUCCAACUACCCUAUUCACCCACCCAACAUGAAGUUUGUGACUACCAUUUGUCACCCCAACAUUCACUUUAAGACGGGGGAAAUUUGCCUUGAUAUUCUCAAGACUGCAUGGUCACCUGCUUGGACACUCAGAUCCACACUUCUGGCUAUUUCUCUAUUGUUGUCAAAUCCAGAACCUUCUUCUCCACUCAACUGUGAUGCUGCCAAUUUAUUAAGAUGUAAUGAUCAAUUAGGCUAUCAGAGUCUGAUCAAGAUGUAUACCCAACUCUAUGCCACAAGAAAUGAGUUUAUUUGA